UUGUUAAUAGGAGGUAUUAAAGAUGAUCACACAGAAGACCAACUGCGAGAAUAUUUCUCAAAUUAUGGCAACGUGCAAAAUGUUAGCAUUGUCACCGACAAAGCCACUGGUAAGAAGCAUGGUUUCGGAUUUGUCGAAUUUGACGAUUAUGAUCCAGUGGAUAAAGUGUGCUUGAAUGCCCCCCAUAAAAUUAAUGGAAAACAGUUGGAUGUUAAGAAGGCUCUUCCUAAGGAUGGAUCUGACCAAAGAGGAGGAAAUGAUAACUGGGGUAAUUCUGGAGGAGGUUAUGGAAGCAACCAAGGAGGUGGAUGGAAUAAUGCUAAUCCUUGGGAUAACAACCAGGGUGGUUGGGGUGGAAACCAAGGAAGUGGUUAUGGAGGUGGAAGCCAGAGAGGAGGUGGCGGUGGUUGGGGUAACCAAGACUUUGGUAACUAUGGUCAACAAAGCUACAGUGGGGGACCUACAAGAAGUCAACAAUAUAGCAAUAACCGCGCUUCACCAUAUAGUAUGAACCAGGGAGGUGGCGGUGGAGGUUAUGGAAGUGGAAGCUAUGGAGGUGGUCAAGGAAGAGGAGGAAGAUAUUAA